GUUUCUUGCUUCCUUGUGCCUGUGCGUGGUCGUUUGGUUCUCGUUGUUUGAGCUUCAGCUUCGAACCGGUUGAGACUUAUGAAGAUAUGUGAUACUCCUGCACAGGACCUCAUCUACUUCAUGUUACCCCAUUAUUUUUCUUUACGUCUCUUUUGCAUACGUAUUUUGCAUUUUGUCUUAUGGAGCUCUAGAAGAAUUCACAAUGUAUUCCCCUGAACCUUCACUAGUCGACAUCAUGCAGCCAGACCCUGGCUAGCAUCUGCCCAACAUCUUCAACAAUCUCUCCCCUCCACCUCCUCAAGGACAAAUCACUAACAAGGUUCGCCCGACUGCUGGAUAUGGAUACUUCGUCCAUGAAGAUGAUGCAGAGUACCACAAACACAACCGAAAAGAACAUGAACAGCAACUACGAGCUGGGCGAUCUACGGCAGGGCGCUCGGAUUCCUAGAAUGAUGCGUCCGAUCACCAAUUCGAGCACCCGAGAGACAAACCACGAUCGCAACCGUUCCCGGUCCCAGGCGCGAACCAGAUUCCUGCGCGACGAUGUCCUUUCAGCAGAAGACUUGACGGGGUACCAUGACCGGUCCCACGACCGCGACCAAACGAUGAAGCCACGACACCUGCGCAUCGAUCCCGACCACCGGGGCCACUACAGCGCGCAGAUUCAGAUUCCCAUUUUCGAAGACAACAGCUUUCUCCCCCAGCCGGACGAUUUAGACGAUUUUUUGCAAAACUACGGCAGUCUUCAAGAACCGAGCAAGAGCAGCUACAAUGCUUCGGAAGAUGUUCUUGAGAAGGAAGACUCCGAGAGUGUCAGUAUCACGGAACGGUCGCCCCCACCACGGCCGACCCCCAUGUCAAAAACCGUCAACAUUGACAUUGAGAUCGAGGGGGACGAGAAUGGCCGGCGCGGCGGGGUGCUGAUCAGAAGCGGGCAACGGUUCGAAAUCGUGGAUCCGUCAUCCAUUUCCAACAAAGCUGCUUCCAUGUCACCGUCACCGAGUGGUCCAGCAAGCGUGAGGAGCCCUCCUGCUCGUGGCCUUCCAGAGCCUGCUAUGCCAAUGCGCAUUCCGGAGGACUUUUCGUCUUCGAACAGCGGAAGUAAAUCGACGAACAGGAUAGAAAGCGUUAGCCCUAGCUCUACUUCCCCAUACUCCGUCGCACGCAGCCGACGAGCAGGUGGGAAUAUUCAAGUGCGGACGGAUAGUGCCGCAGGAGCUGCUCACUUCGAAGUCGAGCCAAUUUUUACAAAUGCAGACCCGUCUCCUGCUACGACGCUUGGUGACGUCGGGAUUCCAGAAGGGGAAAGAGGGCAAGAUAGCUUCUUCUGGCGACCAACAGCAACAGGAGUGGAUCUUCCUGCAGACCAAUAUCCUACUGGUCCCGACGAAGCUGCAGCCACGAGUCAUGUUGAUCGCGAAAGUUUCUUUUGGCGCCCAACGGCACCGGAGGACGCCGAACAAAUAGACGCCGACCCAGCAAGGGCUAGCUUUUUCUGGCGGCCGACGUCAGCUUUGGGAGAGGCCGAGAAGGGCCUGGGUCGAAAUACAACUGGUGAAAAUAAAAUCCACGUCGAGCACAGAAGGCACAGCCAUCAUGAUCAUGAACAGCACAGGCAUAGCCAUCAUCAUCACGAGGGCCUACAACUUGGUCGUGUGGAUGAUGAUCACAACCCGCACGGGGGUCACGCUCACCAUCACGACAGAAAUUCCAAGACCAGCACCAGCCGCUCCUCGAGCAAGAGUAAGAACAUCCCGGCCUACUCCGAGUACUCCUUCACUUCUUCUAGUUUUGGCCCGGCUUCACUUUCCAACUCACCCGCUGUUUUGGCACGAUCCGGGCGGGAACUUGUGACGAACAUGUUACAACAACAGCCGGAAGGCGAAUCAUUACACGGUCACAACCUGAAGGAACUUGAAAUUGAUAGCGGAAGAGAAACAACUGUAGUUAAAACCGCUGCUCCUGGUCCUCAGUUGCACCUUCAUCAAAAUCACCUUCUGCACUACUCCCAGCAAUCCCAGAUCGUGCUCUUUGACCAGAGCGAGCGCGCUUCCACCGGUGCGUUAAGCAUCCGGCCCUCGGCCAGAAACAACCACGAUGAUCAGGUCGGAAACAAUAUUAAUUCUAGUCCGCAUUCUCCCGCCUCGCAGAGCCACCAGUCCGUGCACGUUCAGUCUGGGGAUAAUGUGACGGUCUCCAUACCCAACCCCACGACCGCAAGUGAGGUUGCGGACGAUAACGUGGGUCUGAUGAAAAACAGUAGCGAUGAGGCUCCAGCGAUUCCGGACGAAUACGACGGACUGCAAAAUACGGAGACGAGCAAACAAACCACGUUGAUCGAAAGGGUAGAGGCCAACGUAGAUGAUUUGGUGCGCAAUAUCGACGGCAUCAUCGAUAGUACAGGACAAGGACAACAAGAAGAUCCUACACGUCGGGUCGAAGUAGAUGGUGCAACGCAGGAGAGUAGAAGUGAUUCCGUUCCUACAACCAGAAUGAGUCCAGCACCAAAUAACGGCCGGCCUCUAAUCGAAGGUGGCAAGAAGCCGAGCAAGAAACUCAGCCGCGCGGAGGGCGAGAACUUGAAAUUUGGCGUCGGCAGUAGUAGAGUAGCGGGCACUUCUUCACCAUCAGUCCGCGACGGUGCUUUGUACGACGGAAUCAUAGACGAAGACGAAGAAAACGCGAGUUUUCCCUUCGAGUUUGCACCCAAGGGUUUCAAGCUCUACCCACACGGGCCGCAGAUGCAGCGGCCCCCGCACCAUGGCAUCGGCCCGGUGCAGCAUCAUCUUCACAGCUACAACAGCAGCGACUCGCAGGAUCAAGGUGCCCCUCUCGUGGUACCCGAGCAUAGGAACAGCGCUGCGCUCGCGGCGCGCGGGGACAGAGUGGGGUUCCGUGAGUCGGCGGGCGAGUCAGUGGUCGACGCCCCGGAUGAGAUCUACAUGAGCGGCAGGUUUUUGAGUCAGCAGGUGCCGCACCCGGGCGGCGCUAACGUCAAUUUUCCUUCCCGAAUGGACGAGGAGGGGAACAUAAACGGGAACAUCAAGAACACACCGCCACGGCCGGGAACAUCAAUCAACCACCAACACCAUCACCACAACCAGUAUCAACGAUCCAGUACCAUCGCGCCUCCGGACUACCAGGCACGGCAAACCCGGUCAAGCAGCACCGGGAUCGGAUCGAAGGUCAAGAAAAACAAACACGGCGUGCACCACCCUGAGGGCGAAGCAAUGAUUCCGCACGGCAUCACCUCCGUGUACGAAGCCGACGGCGAUGAAGGUGACAGCGUGAUCUUGGACGAGGAUUUUGACCUAGCCUACGCAGACAUGGAUGUGACCAUCCGGGCCAGUGGUGGCUCCGCAUCGUUCGCCCGAAUCAACACCCGCGGGCCGUUUGGCAGCGUGGUGGCAAGAACCUCAAGCUCGAGUGCAACUUCUUCCAAGAGGAAAGCUACACCAGGUACUACUUCUGGUGCAACUACAACUGCAUCAAGAAGCAAAGAACGGAACAGCAGGAAGACUAUCAAGGAGCAGCAGCGAAUGUCUGCUGAAGCGCGUUCGAGAAGCAAAAGCCAAAAUUUAUUUUCGCGGAAUAGCACUAACGCCAGAGCAGGAAUAAACACUGCGAAACUCCUCGUAGCGGAAGGGGGAAAGGUGCAGAGCGGCAAGCUGGUGCCCGGGCGAGAGGAGCGGUUUUCGGAUUUUUUGGAGGAAUAUGGCUACAACGCGAAGAAGCACCAAAGAGAAAGGUCGCAGUCGAGAGCGAAGAGAACUUCUGAUCUGCUUUUGGACGAAGAUCAACAAGAACAGUCGAGCACACAACAAGAGCAAAUCCAUUACAUAUUCCCGCCGCCGGAGGAGGUGAUGCGCCCUCUGCAGUUGGUCAAAGAACUUUACGACGUGAACCACGGACAUACAAAUCGGAAGUCCGCGGCGAACAGCAAUUUUCUUGCCGGGAACGGUAGUCCCAGCAACAGCUAUGGACGCGCGGCGGGAACAUCAAGCAGUGGCCAGUUUGGAGCGAUCUCGAUGUCGCCCCCCAGGAAGCUACUGCGAAACAUGAGUACUUUGGGCGCGGGGCGUGGGCAGCUAAUAGGAACUACGGGUGGAGGGGGGCUGUUUGGGAAUCCCUUUGGCGGAGGAGCCAGUUACGGCUCCCUGCGACCGGCUUCGCGAUACAGCUUCGGUGGUGGAGGCGAAACUUCUGCUCCGUCCCGGCAGGGUGGAGAGCGCGAGGGCGGCCAGCACUCUGCUGUUGAUCAAGUCCAACCAGCCACGACCGAGCAACCAUUCGAGCCGUGCAGCUGCCUCCCAUCGCUUAUCGGGCAUUUUUCCGGCGGCCGAGCGAGCAGUUCGCCACCGGCAGGCAGCAGCAAAGGGAACAACCAUGGCGGGCGUGAGGGUGCACAGCAUCAGGAGGGGUGGGAGUCUGAGUCUGCAGCCGCACGACCUGGUCAGAGCCACGUGGUCGAUCUCGACGCGGCAGCGGGCACGACUAGUGCUGCGACAACAGUAAAUCUCGGUCCGUCUUCCACCGAGCUGAAGAUAAACCUGUGUCUCGUACAACCCGGAGGUUCAUCUUCCUCUGGUGCGGCACCUCUAGACAGACCGAACAUGGCUGCAGUUGUACCUGUCGCUGACCGCGCUGUCGCCAGUGUGGUUUCCCCCUUCGGCCCGAGCAACUACAACAAGCCUCCCGUUGCGUUCCGGCGGUCGCAGACGACGGUGAUCGCGGUUGCGGAGCCGAGUGUAUCAGAAGGCGGGCUUCUGGGCACGCCGACCUUCUCGCCCCCACCCGCUAGCAGUCCGCCGCUGCCGCGGCGAGCGUCGGCGCCCCCGCACGCCGGCGGUCACGACGUGCACCUGCCGACCUCGUUCAUGAAACCGAAGAGCCCGCCGGCGGAAAAGCGGGUCCGUCUGUACAUUUCCAGAAAAGAGCUCGCCGAGCGCGAGAGGGCCAUGCACCGCGCGCAGGCGGAGGAACACGCUGCUGCGGAAGCGAAGAAAAAGGAAGAGGAGGAAAAGGCAAAAACAGCAACAAGUCCAGGAGCGACAGCAGUAAUAUUCUCUACAACUACAACUAUGGCCGCAGCACCUCCAGCGCCGGCGGUCGUAGUUAACGAAGCCCCUGCUUCUUCAACAUCGGCGGAAGGAGAGAAAAAGGAGGAGCAGCGCGAGGCGAAAGAGGUCGCGGAUAUCUCGUCGCGCGUGUCGUCACUGGUCGGCUUUGAUUCGAUCGUGAAAAAAGCCAGGGCGUCCUUGCUGGGAACGAAAACGACUGUCGUGAAGGCCGCCAGUACCGCUGUUGUGUCCGCCGGCACGGUGCUGGGUGGGGCAACGGACGCUGUUGAGAAGAAGGAAGUGGCGAAGGAAAAGGCAGAAGAGCAAGCUGCUGCCGCGGUUGAUGAAGUAGUUGUCGAGGGGGAGAGCAGUGUUGAAGCACCACAAAUUCAAGCCACUGUUUCUCCACAAGAGGUCACUAGGACGCUGAGCAACGCUGUAUCCGGACAGAUCGAGGAAGAACUGCAGACCGCCGGUGUUACUGUUACAACAAACAAAGACAGCACCACGCCACGCGUUAUUCAACCAGAGCCAUCAUCAAUGCAGCAGCAGGAACUACAUCAGUCUCAGCGCCAGGCUGAGCCUGAAUAUUCUCAGCAGGCGGCACCAGUGCCUCCGCCUGUGAAAGUGAAAAGUGCCGCGGCAAAGUCGAAAAUGAUGGGGUCUACUAUGCAGCGGUCCCGCACACUUAACUUGGCUGACAGUGAGAAGCCCAUGCCCAUGCCGCGGACGAGGUCGAAGACCAUGGAAAUAACUCCAAGGAGCAAGUUCCAGGAUUCUGGUGUCACAACCGCGACACCCGUACCGAUACCAAUGUCGGCAAAACAAACAUCGAAGGCAGCAGCUGUUGCAGUUGUGCAACCUGGUGAACCUCCUGCUCCCGCAGCAGCUAAACCACCCGUUACCUCCAGCGGUCCUAGUCUCGCUGGUGCAGCCCCUCCUGCGCCUAUCCCGAUUCGAAUGUCUGCCAGCGAAAACCGGGAGCCACCUGCGGUGAGACCCGUGAUCAGCACUGCGAACAAAACUUCCAACGAACAGCAGCCAACGACGAUCGACUCCCCCUCUUCCAUCGCGACGACCGAGGCCACUACGGCUAACACCUCCACUCUCGGCAAUCUCAGCAGCACCGCAAGCGCGGGCACGAGCAGUGCGGCCACUUUGGUCACCUCCAGCAGCAGUUCCCAGAACUGGUCAAAGUUCUCGCGGCAAAGCACCCGACAGCUGGAAGUGAAAGCGAACGCGUUUUCGUUCUCUCCGCAGCUACAGCCGGAGAGCAUUGUGCUGGAACGACCUGCUCCUGCUGGAAAGAAGAUGGACCCAGGUGGUGCAACAAGAACCCUCGCAGAUCCGACGAGCACGCCCGAGGCAGUGGUAGACAUGAGUGGGAGGAGCAGUGCGAGUCCGGGAGUGAACGAGCAGAUGCAGAUGGCGACGGAGAAAAUAACAAGUUCAGUUCUGGACUUGCUCGAAAACACCGCUGCCAGCGCAGAAACCGAAAAAACAGUAAACGGAAAUCAAGUCCUCGUGCUGGACAGCCAAGCAGAUGAACAUAACCGAAGAAACUCGGAGGGCACUGCAGUUGGUCUGCUUGAAGAGGGAAAGCACGAACAGAUCGCAACGUUCGGAUUGCUGUCUUCGUCCAGCAACGGCCUGAUGUUGUCCAGUAGCGUGGAUAUGCACUAUGCAAACGUCGAUAACGGAAAGAGCGACUCCCCACCGGGUUCUUCCUCCCUAGACUCGUUGUCGUCGAAGAACAGCAACGAGUUACAAGUGCAUACUGUUACAUCUCCGAUUGUUCCGGAGGCGGUGCCUGUCGCAGUUUUUUCCGCAAACAAGAAAGAGCUUGUUGCUGGCAGCAGAGAUGAAGAAAACGCAGCAGCAGGAGGUCGAGCAACCUCAGUGGUGCUUCAAGGUGGAGAUGCUUUGCCAGAGUCAGAACUUAUACGGAAGGUGACGCAGUUGGCACUGGAUGCGGAGGAGGAGCUUUCCAGCACAGUGAAAGUGUCCGAUGAAUUCAAAGUCUUGAACUCGGUAGUACCGACAUUGAGGCUGUCAGAGCUAGAGACGGAAAUUGUGGAUGCUGAUGCUGUGCCGGAGGCUGCAGGAGCAAAUGAACCUCAGAUGGACGAUCUUGUUCCUUCUGCAGUAAAGCCUUCCGCCGGCAUCACUUCAGCAGACGAACCGCAGGUGGCAUCCGUGUCUUCGCCGCUAGUUUUCACGAAUAAGGCUGCUUCUUCAACGCCUACCCAACAUGAAGGACCCGCUGCUAUUUCUGUGAAUAAAGCUGCAAAUACAUCAAAAGCAAAACCAAACGCGAGAAGCCCUCGACAGAUGCCCGUCCUUGCGGAACCGAAGAAGACCACGAGUCCCCUCAACGACGCGCGCGCGCCACCCUCUACGCUGACCUCGAAGGCUACAGUGCUGAGUAAGACGAGUACUGUUGCUACGAGUAACGGGAAUAAGGCAAGCAGUAGAACAUCAGCUCCUCUUGCGGUGGCUGUCAAGCGCGCUGCGGUGGCUGCGACAGGUUUUGCGAAAGCGAGAACGACCAACGGCGUUUCCUCCAGUGCAGCUGCAGUUGGUCCAAUAGCAAUAAACACAAAAACAAACAAAAAUGAAAAUCCUGUAGUUCAUGCCAAUGCGACUGCGACAACCGGUACGACCGGCACGCCGCGAAACGCUAAGGACGGAAACACGCCCACCCUAGUGAUGACCCCGAGAACCGAUAAAAGCAAGAAAACUGCAGUCACGGCUAGUACAAGCAGCACGUCAAGUAGACCUCUAUCAUCAAUAAAUGGUGCGAACAAUAAAGCUGGUGGCGCUCCUUCCUCAAAACCUGUCGUGCAGCGUGCAACUCCAAGAUCGGGCGGCUCCGUUGCGCCAAAACCAAAGACCCCGUCAGGUUUAGGUAGACCACCACCGCCAGCUCAGCCCUCGAAAGCACUGGACGCCAUAUCAAAGCCACGGCUCUCGCCAGCAAAUGGUAAGGCCAAGGUUCUCGUGAAGACGAAGACCCUCGCGAAGACCGUGCAGGCGAUCAAAACAGUGAGCAGUGCUGGCAACAUGGCACCGUCAAGAGGAAAGGCGGCCGGAGUCGAAAAAAGUAAAGUCCUCACGACAACUCCAGUCACAGAGGCAGCGACCCCGCCGCAGUGGAUUCGCGGCGGUGGUGGGAGGAAUGCGAAUGGUGUCUCUGAUGAAAGAGAGAAAGCCUCUGUUGCCAGAGGUAAGGAACAGGAAGCGGAGGGCGAGGCCGCAACAGCGCCAGCGGCGCAUGCUGACGCUGCGGGAGAGGAGGUGAUCGAUGUUAAUAGGGCUGUAGAAAUUAGUAGUGCAGCCGGCGCGGUCGGAGUAGAACACCAGCUUCAGCAGCAGCAGGCUAUUCUCGAAGGCGAGCAUCAUCUACACGAUCAGCGGACGGAUACGGAACAUGUAGGUGGGGCUGUAAACCAGCAGCACCACCGCUCGGACGACGAAAUCCCAUCGCUGUUCAGCAACACGACGACUCCAGCAACUGCGAAGUCGUCCUCUGGUGCACUUGUGAUGCAGCAACAGCAGGCGACGCAUUCACAUGCUACUUUGAGCAGCUUGAUGCUGUGGGCACUGGAUCAAGGCCGGAAUGGCGACAACUCAAUCUCUAGUGUAACGGGACAAGAGGUUUUGCCGAGUGCGGCUGCGCAAUCGGCGAGAAGAACAUCGUGGCGCGAACGCGCGGCGGAGGAACUGUAAGAAAAUAGUCUUGAUGACGUUAAAAAGUGACAAUGUCUGUAUGAUUGAGAUUGUUCGUGUUGUAGAAGUAGAACUCUUUAUUCUUAGCCCUUUAGCUUCGUACUUUUACUUUUUCAAAAAGCAACGGGAGAUUUGUUCCGGAAAUAAAAGCAAAUGCAAAACGAAAAACUUGCCGCAUAACAAAAAAAAACAGGUCUGCGAUGAAUUCCACAGCGGCCUACGGGAAGGCGAGCAGAAAGAUACCAAAGCCCGAUGGGGAGAACGCUCCGCUCUUUGGUAUCGACGGGUAUGAAGGUGACGACAUUGUAGAUGUCGGUACAGAUGAACCCGAACAGAUGCCAGUGCCCCGGGAUGUUGACGAUGACAGCGUCACCAUGAACGGAACAAUAGCUGCGCCGCAACCUGGGCCAAUCAAGAAGCGAGUUACGAGUUUCACCAGCAGUAGCCAACCCCAACCACAGUCGGUAGCGUUGGUGUUGGAGGAGCAACUACAACCUCUGCAGCAAGCCAAAAAUUCAAUUUUUUGUGAUCCGCAGGAGCGGUUUGCAGGGGAGUUGGAAUCUGGAAUGAACUCCGACUCGACCAUUGCUUCCAAUAUGCUCAAGCUGCAGAAGAAGCUGACGCAAGCGAAGAGUGGCACAAAUGGAGGGUUGGCGAUAAAAAAAGUUGGAGGCAGCUCCUCUGCUACUUCCACACUACUUUCGUCAUCCACUACUCCCUCAGGUGGAAAGACAGCUAAGCGAAACGGCAACCCGGGAAAAGUACGAUCGGAAUCAGAUCGCAGUGCCACGAAUGGAGAUGCUGGCGCACACAGCAAGAAGCGAGAGAGGACAAAGAUCAAUUCGACUUCAAACACAUCAUCUGUUCAUCUAGCGUCUUCACACAGGAGCAUGACAAAUACCGACGGCAUCAUAGACGAGCUCGAGGAGGAGGAUGACCCCCAGCACACCUUCGAUAUAGACGAAACGCACCCCCUCUAUGCGCAUCAUUUUGACACCGUAGCGCCGUCUUCUUCUACCACCUCUACGACCACAAUGAUCGACGCAGCAGGAACAUCAAAUAAGGACGACAUAAGCAGAGCUGCAGCAGCUGUAGGAGCUAGCGCUAGCUCGCAGAACGAGGACGGAGAGGCUUCUGUAGCUCCCAGCAAACAAGCUACCACCUCGCGCCGAUCCCACGCAGGGAUUUUUGGCGUGGUCCUGCACAGCCACAGCCUGGCAGAGGUCAAGAAAACGCCAAUAAUCAGCAGCCUGUCGCAGGGGCAGGGUGGAGAAUCCUUAACAACUUCAACAACGACGCUAUCCGCCUCCACGAAAACAGCGAGCACCCUGCUUUUCCACCGACAAGCGCAGGACAGCGCGGGUAUGAUGCGGGAGGUGGGAGGGGCGCCGGCUUCAAUUGAAAAGCUACCGCAAUAGCGAUCGACGUUCUUUUAGUACCUAGAUAGAUGUUACUGUGAGUUGCUCUCUUUUGUAGCAUUAAGCUGGAUUAUUUUUGUUUGUACUUUCAGACGGCGGUCCCGUUGUAGUUGUGCGAUCAAUAUCAAGAUAAUAAAUUUUUUCACCUACCCAAGUACGGACUUUCACGAUGAUCAAAUAGACGUUUCUAACUGGUACACCAGUACGCACUUGCACAAGAAGAACGAAAACAGUACAGACCUCUUCGCAG